CAGCGACUGACUACCUCCGCACAAACCUCACACCAUGCUGCGGCGUCUCCCCCUCUUAGUAACCUUGCUCGCACACGCUCUAGCCGACACGUGCCUCCUCGACAACACGAACCCAGACUCCCCCUUCAUCGUCAACUUCAACGCCACCGUCCCCACGCCCGCCCCCGAUGGCGGCAUCACCUUCCUCGAGGGCGACCAGCUCUACGUCAAGUGCCGCCCCGGCACCAACCACUCUCUGAUUCGCCCCGAGGGCGACGUCGCCAUCUGCUUGAGCGGCACUCUCCUGCUCAACACCUGGACCACGCAAACCCUGGACUUCGCCAUGACCUUCUGCAAGCCCGAACUUCCUCUGGGAGCGGUCAGGAAAGUCAACGCCACGUGUGCUGGUAACUUCAGCGUGUACGAAAUCGGGUUGGACAUGAACGGAACGUUUUCGGAGUUGGUUACGGUUUGUUUCGACGAAGUGACACUUAGUCCUUUUUAUGCCGAGACGAAGCAAGUAGUCAGUGAGGGGUCCGCUGGGGGUGGGUUGGCUAGUCUUGACGCGUAUCCCUAUUUUCAGGAUGGGGGUGGGUUGUAUGGGGUGGAUAUGGAUGCGGUUUACUACAAUUCUGAGAGUAUACUGGAGGGCUUGGGGGCGAGAGGGUACACGAUGCGUGCACUGCCGCUUUUAAGGACUGAGGUUUUCGUUGAUCCUUUGUACCAGAGGUUGACUUUGGACUAUAUUAACAGUUUUCCGAUGAUCCAGUCGUUGAUCGAGUGGCAGCCGGAGUGUCCUCAUUCCAUUGCUGGUACUCUGGGGGUGCUCACUAUAACCAACUCUGAUCAUGAACGAGUGGAGCUUUAUUUAAAUGGGGGUACGGUUCCCGUGCCGCAAUGGGCUUGGUGUGUUUUCUAUAACGAAACUGAUAGUCAAGUGGAUGGGUUUUUUACCAUGACGCACCUGACGCUUAAUAUCGAGCAGGCUAAACCAUCAUGGAACGCGAUUUGUCUCAAUGGUACACUAACAGAAAAUCCCAUCAGUGGAAUGAUUUAUGGAAAGUGUCACUUUGCUGACGUCAUAGACAACAAGCUGCUCAGUUUCAUUGAAAGUAGGUGGCCGAACUUGUACGAUAGUCAUUUGUUGAAAUAAAUAUACUGACAAUUA